CAUCGUCAGCUGUAAUGCACAUGAUCGUUCUUUAGCUAAUCUCUGUUCAAACUGGUUUUGGAGCCAUUACAAAAACGUGCAAAAUCCUGCUGACCAGAGAAAACAACAGGAUGAGUGCACAGGGGACAUAACAUUUCCUCUGACUUGCCACUGUCGGGUCUCCCCUUUUGCCUUGUUUAGAGUUGUUGCUCUUGCAAAGUUCCAUUUCCUACCUCUGAGUUCACAUCCUCCUCGUUUCCUUGUUUCUUCCCUCUUCUUUGCAGGAGAAUUGUACUCUGAGAAGCCACAGCACUUCUCCCCGCGGCCAGUGGCUCUUCCAUCCCCACGCAGCUCUGUUAGAUGUAGAGGACCCAAGUCCAUGUGACCAGCUUCACAAGGUAUCAGAUUGGGAGCUCAAAUGCCUUGUUGUUGAACGCCUUGUCGUCGGGCUAGACAUCUGUUGAAGAAGGCUGCUCCCUUUUCUUUUCUUCUGGUCGGGAUGUACCUUAUGACCCUGCAAAUGAAUUGAAAAUCUAGUUGCAUACACUGGUAACGAAAGGUUUGAAGACCCAAAGGAACAGUGGGCAGUUUUGUGGAUUAAGAUUAACAUCUGGACAGAAGUUACAUUUUCUUUACCCUUCGUGCCAUUUACCCCAAGAUGAGUCAAAAAGACCCAUCAGAAGGAGUGGAAGGAAGCUCAGAAGAACCUUUAUGUUUGAUCUGUGGCCAGCCCCACUUCCCAGAAGAGAACCAUGUCUAUAGCUACACAGAAGAUGUGGAUGACGAUCUCAUCUGCCACAUUUGCUUGCAACCGCUGCUUCAACCUCUGGACACGCCAUGCGGCCACACCUACUGCACAAUUUGCCUUACGGAUUUCCUAGUGGAAAAAGACUUUUGCCCAGUGGAUCGCAAAACUCUGACCCUACAGUCUUGCAGAAAGUCAAGCAUAUUAGUCAAUAAACUCUUGGAUAAACUAAUGGUUAGCUGCCCUUUCACAGAGCACUGCUCGGAGGUCGUGCAACGCUGUAACCUUGAGCAGCAUUUUCAGAAUGGGUGUAAAGGAGCAUCUCAUUACGGCCUUACCAAGGAACGAAAACGGCGUUCGCAGGAUGGAUCUCCUGAUUCUAAUGCCCCUUUAACUGUAGCUGCCCUUGGCCCUGAGCUCUCUGCUUCUGCCACCAUCGCCUUAAUGACAGAUGAGCCAGGCCUAAUCAAUCCAGCCUUUAGCACCACCUCAGAAGACAGCCAGUCAGGAGCCACCUCUGCAGAUCUCCACAGAAGCAACCAAACUAGAACUCGACAUUUUGAACGUUCUUCUAUAAGGAGCAGGUCUUUUAAAAAAAUAAACAGAGCUUUUAGUGUUCUUCGGAGGACAAAAAGUGGGAGUGCCGUUGCUAACCACGCCGAGAGGGAGAGUGUUGACCAUUUGGUUGCCUUGGAGGAAGAUCCAGUGCACCCCGCCCCACAAACACACGCAGCAAAAUCACGAAGCAGAAUCGGCAAAAGCAAGACAGAAAGUAUACUUCUCUCUAGGUUUGGCAGUUCAUCGCUAUGUAAGAGAUGGAAGUUUGAGGGGACAAAGCAAGUCUUCCCAAGGCUAUACCACCUCAUCCCAGAUGGUGAAAUUACCUGCAUUAAGAUCAGCCGCAGUGAUCCCAACGAAAGCCUUGCCAUUCGGAUUGUGGGAGGCAGCGAAACGCCAUUGGUUCACAUCAUCAUACAGCACAUCUACCGAGAUGGAAUCAUUGCCAGGGAUGGAAGGUUGCUGCCAGGGGACAUGAUACUAAAGGUAAAUGGCAUAGACAUCAGAAACGUGCCGCACAGCUACGCCUUGUCGGUCCUGAGGCAACCUUGCCAAGUCCUCCGGCUCACCGUACUCAGAGAGCAGAGGUACCGAUGCCGAAACAGUGGACUUUCUCUGGACAUUCCCUGCAACAGGGACGACAGUUUUCAUGUGGUUCUGAACAAAAGCAGCCCGGAUGAGCAGCUGGGCAUCAAGCUGGUCCGCAAGGCUGAUGAGACUGGGGUGUUUGUUUUCAACUUGCUGGAAGGAGGCGUUGCCGCCCGCGACGGGCAGCUUCAGGAGAAUGACAGGGUUUUGGCAAUUAAUGGGCACGAUCUUCGAUACGGAAGUCCAGAAAGUGCAGCCCAGCUGAUACAGGCUAGUCAGAAGCGAGUUCACUUCACUGUGUCUCGGCAAACCAGGCAACAGACUCCUGAUAUCUUGCAGGAGGCUGGAUGGGAUUACAAUGGUAGCCACCAGCUCUUCCCCUCUCUGAGGAACAAUCCUAACAAGACUGGCCUCCAUGCGGUCACUUGUCAUGAAAAGGUGGUGGUCGUCCGGAAAGACAACGCAGAGUCGCUGGGGAUGACUGUGUCGGGUGGUGCCUUCUCCCACAGGGAAUGGGAUUUGCCUAUCUACGUUAUAAGUGUUGAACCAGGCGGAGUCAUCAGCAGAGAUGGCAGGAUCAAAACAGGUGAUAUUCUGCUCAAUGUGAAUGGAAUUGAUCUGACAGGUGUGAGCCGUGGGGAGGCUGUAGCCCUUUUGAAAAACAUCUCCUCGUCUGUUGUCCUCAAAGCAUUAGAAAUGAAAGACUGCAAGACCUUGGAGGAUGGCGAUGACCUCUCAUUGCUCGAUGCCAGUUUGAACUCGUCUAGCCCGAGCGAAUGGUCUCCUUCCUGGGUGAUGUGGCUCGAGGUCCCACGGUAUUUAUACAGCUGCAAAGAAAUUGUAUUACGAAGAAAUACAGCGGGAAGUCUUGGCUUCAGUAUCGUGGGGGGUUAUGAAGAACAAAGUGGGAACAAGCCAUUCUUUAUCAAAUCCAUUGUUGGAGGAACACCAGCGUAUAACGAUGGAAGAAUCAGGUGUGGUGACAUCCUCCUUGCAGUUAAUGGUAGGAGUAUCUCAGGUAUGGUGCAUGCCUGUUUGGCAAGGAUGCUCAAAGAACUGAAGGGGAAAAUUUCUCUCACCAUUGUGUCCUGGCCUGGCACUUUUUUAUAAAGAUGUAUCGCAAAUGGAGAGCGAAAAAUUAUCUGACACAAAAUCAGCCACUUAAUAUGGACGUUUGUUUACUCCACUUUCUGGUCAACUGUAUACUUGUAAAAGAAAACGUUGUGAAGUAUAAAUGUGCAUAACACAAACAGAAUGGUCUGAAGAAAAAAAUAAUGUGUGGUAUGUGUUAGAAAAACAUGCAAUUUUAAAGUAUGGAAGUCUACUGAGAUCAUAAGUUAGGGUACACAUCUUUACUGCGCUAUGUCUCAUGUUUGUAUUUUUAUAUCUAUUCCAAGCAGCAGUAGAAACAUGCUCCACCAACAGUUUAUAAACAAGGAAAACCACUUUAGACCUGUAAUUUGAAAAUAUUCUGAACUCCUGAAUAACUGUUGCAAUACUUUUCUAUUAUGUUGACAGCAUCUAUUCCAAGACAUAGAAAGCAGUCUGAUUGAAUACAUGAAAUCCCACUUUGUGAUCAGUAUGGAUCAGAUAUUUUUAAAUAUUUUGUUUCCCGGUAUGUAAUAACUGUGAAUGAAAUUUCAUUUUUACCAUUAAAAUAACUGUAAUUUGUAAA